AUGGCGAACUACCUCGCCUCGAUUUUUGGUACCGAACAGGACAAGGUCAAUUGCUCAUUCUACUACAAGAUCGGCGCAUGCCGACAUGGCGACCGCUGCUCGCGAAAACACGUCAAACCCUCAUACAGCCAAACAAUCCUCAUGCCGAACCUAUACCAAAACCCAGCCUACGACCCAAAGAACAAGAUGAACCCAUCACAACUGCAAAACCACUUCGACGCCUUCUACGAGGAUCUCUGGUGCGAAAUGUGCAAAUUCGGCGAGGUUGAGGAGAUAGUAGUCUGCGACAAUAAUAACGACCACCUCAUCGGGAACGUGUACGCACGUUUCAAGUACGAAGACUCCGCGCAAAAGGCCUGCGACACGCUCAAUAGCAGAUGGUACGCGGCGAGACCGAUAUACUGCGAAUUAAGUCCUGUCACGGAUUUCCGAGAGGCGUGUUGUCGGCUGAACUCAGGUGAAGGGUGUGUCAGAGGUGGAUUUUGCAAUUUCAUUCACAGAAAGGAGCCUUCACCUGAACUGGAAAAAGAGUUGGAGCUCGGCACGAAGAAGUGGUUGAAGAUGCGCGGGCGAGACGAGCGAAGCAUGUCAAAAAGUCCCAGUCCUGAACCGACGAGGAAGAGAUAUUAG